UCCCAUUACUCUGGGUCUGGAAGAGCUGGCUAAGACACCAAGGAUGAAGCUCCUUUUUGUAGCUGCAUUUGCACUCUUUGUGCUCUCUUCUUUUGACAAGGCCGACUCUUCAGCUUAUGAUAAAAUUCUUACCCACAGUCGUAUCAGGGCAAGAAAAGAGGGACCCAAUGUCUGCGCCCUCCAGCAAGUCAUGGGGACCAAGAAGAAGUACUUUAGCAAUUGUCGUAAUUGGUACCAAGGGGCCGUCUGUGGAAAGAAAGCGACUGUGCUUUAUGAGUGCUGUCCGGGGUACAUGAAACUGGACGGCAUGCGCGGUUGCCCUGCAGUGGCCCCAAUCGACAAUGUCUACGGCACCUUGGGUCUGGUGAAGGCCACCUCAACACAAAGUUACUCAGACAUUUCCAAGCUGAGACCUGAGAUCGAGGGCUCUGGGUCGUAUACCUUCUUUGCCCCCAGCAAUGAGGCCUGGGACCUUUUGGAUGAACAAAUGAGGAGUGCACUGGUCAGCAACGUCAACAUUGAACUGUACAACGCUCUGCAUUAUCACAUGGCCAACAAACGCUUCUUGACCAAAGACUUAAAGAACGGAAUGACAGUCACCUCCAUGUACAAUGAUCUCGGUCUUCUUAUUAACCACUACUCCAACGGGAUCGUGACAGUGAACUGCGCCAGGAUUAUCCAUGGUAACCAGGUUGCCACCAAUGGAGUGGUCCAUGUGAUCGAUCGUGUCAUCAGCGCCGUUGGAAACACCAUCCAGGAUAUCAUUGAGAUUGAGGAUGAUCUAACUACUCUUGCUGACGUGGCCCAGCAAUCUGGUAUUUUGGAGAGCCUGGGUCAGGCCGGACAUUACACUCUCUUUGCACCCACCAAUGAGGCCUUUGAGAAGCUGGGCAGCGAUGUGCUGGAGAGACUUCAGAACGACAAGGAGGCCCUCCAGGCUCUUCUGAAAUUCCACGUCCUCAACUCAGUCCAGUGCUCUGAGGCCAUCAUGGCUGGCAGUGCUUAUGAGACAAUGGAAGGCAACACCAUUGAGAUUGGAUGUGAUGGUGACAGUUUGAGUAAUGGAAUCAAGAUGGUGCUGAAGAAGGACAUUGUAACCACUAAUGGUGUCAUCCAUCUCAUUGACCAAGUUCUCAUGCCUGACUCAGCCAAGCAGGUUAUGGAACUGGUGGGAAGUUCCCAGUCAACUUUCGGUGAUAUGGUGUCUGAACUGGGCUUGGCUGGUGAAAUGAGAGCAGACGCUGAGUACACUUUGCUGGCUCCUCUCAACACAGCCUUCACUGAUGAAGUGAUGUCCAUGGAUCAGAGGAUGCUGAAGAUUAUCCUGGAGAGCCACAUCUUGAAGGAGAAGGUCACUCUGGGACAGCUGUACAACGGCCAGCAGCUGGAGACACUGGGAGGAAAAUUCCUGAGAGUCUUCAUCUAUCGUACAGCCGUGUGCCUAGAGAACGCCUGUCUUAUUAGAGGCAGUAAAGAAGGCAGCAACGGAGCCCUUCAUCUCAUGAAGACAUUUUUGAAACCAGCGGAAAAAUCUAUGUUUGAGAUUCUCACUGAAAAUGGAGGGUUCAAGAUCUUUUUGUCCCUGAUGGAAGCUGCUGACCUGACUGACCUUCUGAAACAAGAGGGAGACUUCACUCUGUUUGCACCGACUGACAUGGCAUUCGCUGGUUUGAGUGACAGCGAUUUGAACUUGUUGAAGAGUGACAUAAAUGCUCUCAGAACCAUCCUUCUGUAUCACAUCAACGGUGGUGUCUUUAUCGGCGGCGGUCUGGAAACUGGGGUGACUAACCUCCUCAAGUCUCUCCAGGGCAGCAACCUCAGAGUGAUGUUUGCAAACAACAGCAUGCUUGUGAACUCCGUCCAAGUCCCUGAAUCUGAUCUUAUGGCCACAAAUGGAGUCGUUCACUUUGUCAACCACGUCUUGUAUCCUGCAGACAUGCCUGUUGGAAGCCAGGAGCUUCUCAUGCUAUUAAAGAGGCUCAUCACUUACAUCCAAAUUAAGUACAUUUCAGGGUUCAGAUAUCAGGAAAUUCCCCUCACAUUUAUGAAGAGAGUCAUCACUCGUGUCGUGGAGGAAGUUCCCGAUGUGAGGAAAGUGACUAGGGUUAUCUCUGCGGAGCCCACCAUUACCAAGGUUACCAGGGUCAUUGAGAGUGAUCCAGUCAUCACCAAAGUCACCAGAGUUGUGUCAGGUCCUCAGUACUCAUACAGCGCCGGCACCACCAACAUAGAUCUGGAAGGAGCUGAUCUUUCACAAAUCGCCACCAUCGAAGGGAGCCCUAACGUCGACUCUGAAAGGCUGACCAAAGUGAUCCAAGGCAGUUCAAGAAGAACCUCUUCCCGACGAGUUUCAGGCAACAGAAGACAAGGCAGGAACUGAACACAGACGGAUGAGGAUGUCGCUGUAAAGGCAAAGAGAAACCCAAAAACCCAAAGGUUAACUGGUAUUUUUCAUACAGGGCGUACAUUUACAAUCAGUCAGUGAUUUCAAUUAAACCGUAGUAGCUGAAACUGACAAAAUAAAAGGAAUUUCAUGAACGAUUUAAUGGUGCUUUGAAUGUAUAUCUAAUGUGAGUGUGCAAUACAAGAGAAGAGUCCUUUGGUUGAAAAUGUGGAAACAUCGGUCGAACAAAUAUUUUGGUUUGCUUGUCAGGGAAGCAAUAAAAUCUCUUUCCACUUAGACAUUAGUGCAGCCUCAAAACCAAUUUCCUAUUUUUUUUGUUCUUUUCUAGGGGUUAAGUGUAAGGCGAGAAGAUUUUUUUUUUUCCUUUGUAAAUCUCAGCAUGGUGGGUUUUUUUUUUUUUUGUGUUUUUUUUUUUUUUUUUUUUACAACUGUUACCUUAUCUCGAUUUCUCAAGCUGUAUAUUGUUGAAGGUUAAGUUUCCUUUUUUUUUUUUUUAACUUUUUGGACAAUGUAUCCAAAUACAGGUUUUACCUUUCUAAUUUCCAAACAUUUACCAAUAAAGUGCAUUCUUUGAUAUAAACAUGUUAAUUUUGACAUGGGCAUCAGAUCAGAUUGUGGUUUGGAGUCAUUUCUAAUGUCAUUUAUGAGGUCUAUAAUUUAGACUUUAAGAAUAAUAUGAAUUCUUUCAUUAGCCCAGUGAUUUAUUCUGUACAUUUGCAGCACUUUGCCAGGCCACUUUUGAGAAUUUCCAAGUAGAUAUUAUGUCAAAUAUAAAAUAAACUGGGUUCAAUGUGUAAGAACGUUCUUUUUCUAGUCUUUCAUGAAGAGUAUGUGUCUCUAUGUUUGGAGUUUUAGAGAAUAUUAUGAAAUGAAUAACAAUAAAUCUACCGCUUUACCGUAUUAU